AAACAUGUUGUUGAGUGGGAAAGAGGAAUAAAAAGACAAAGAAAGGAUACACUUUCUAUGUCUGAAAGUAUUUCUUUGUUAACUAAUAUUAUCUUUAAAAGAGAAAUUUUAGGAAACCAUCCACCUAUUAUUUCAUUUUCUAAGCUUAGAUCUGUUGCUGAAGGCAAAAACAAUCAAUUAAACUUUUUUUUUGAUGAAAUCGAAGCAAUGGUUUGCUUAAGAAGAAAAAGUUAUGUAGAACAAAAAGCACUUGAUUGGUCUUUAGCAUAUCAAUAUGAAGUAGCAGAUAGUGAUAACAAUCUUACGUGGAUAGGUAGCAUUAACAUUCUAACAAAGCUUUUAUACAAUCGAGAAAAGAAUGAAGAAAAACUAGCAAUUUACAGUUUCAAACAAAUGUGCAGAGAGAUG